AUGGCUUCGCGUCCUCCACUGCCGGAAUUCCUGUGGUCACAGUCCAUUGAGACAGACAAUUACAAAGACUACCAGCCGUGGAAACCUCAUACUUCUAUCGAUGGAGCUAUAUGUCAUGCGUGCAAGGAAUUUUGCGAAAGUGUUCUUCAUGGGAACAUCUUCACUCACGAGAACUGGAAGCACGAGAGACCAGGCCACUCGCUAUUGACACACACAGAGCGUUAUGCUUGGACUUCGCAUUACGACGGAAUCCUCACGAAGUUGAGAGCUUCAGCAGACGGCGGUUGUGAGCUGUGCGCCGUGUUUGUGGAAAUAGACCGGACAAGCCCCAAGCCCUCCCCGAAGGACACAUUUCCUGACGAACCAGCCAAUCCCGAAGACAUUUGCUACAGAAUAUGCAUAGAUCGUCGUGAAGAAAGCAUUGUAGAGGUCGAGGCUUCACACUCAUUUGCUAUUGAGUUCUAUAAAAAGUCUACCGGUCCUGAUCUACAAAGGGGUUAUAGGAGUAUGGGCGCGCCACCAAUGGCAACCCCGCGACUUCCAAAGCACGUCAAUUUCUUCUUUCUUAGAUACGCUGACGAUACUGCCCCAAGGUCUUUAUAUACUGAGGGUCUGUUCCACGAAGAUCCCCGUAGGAAAGUUGUUGUGGAGCAAUCGGGAUGGCCGAUCCUAUUGGCAGCUGAUGCGGAGGACAGAGGAUCAGUGCAAGCUCUGAUGCGUGCGAGGAAGUGGAUUUGGCAGUGUCUCAAGACUCAUCCACGCUGCUCUAGAGAACCAGCUAUAUUGCCAAAGCGAGUGAUCGAUAUUGGGCUUACUCCAGAUUCGGCCAUACGGCUCCACAUUCCAGAUCCUGAAGACCAAGCAGUGACUCCAUACGUGGCACUUAGCUACAGUUGGGGCGAAGGACUUCCUCUUCGAACGACCAAAGAGAAUCUGAAAAAGCACUGCGAAGAGAUACCAUUCGUGGACUUUCCAAAAACCUUGCAAGACGCUUUACAUGUUACGAGAGGCCUAGUGCUUCGAUACAUCUGGAUUGAUGCUCUUUGUAUCGUUCAGGAUGACGCACAGGAUUGGCAAGAGCAAGCGGCUCUUAUGGGUGAGAUAUAUCAAGGAUCGAUACUCAAUAUCUCGGCCACGUCUUCCUCAAGUCUUGACUCCGGGUUUUUGCAACGUACUGGAAGAGGCGCCUUCUCCGCGCGUGAGAAUUGGUCGAUACUUUCACAGAGAUGGCAACAACAAUGGUGGCAUAUACAUUGGUGCCUGUGUCUCGCGAGGUGGGUUCAGUCCACCAAGAGAGCUAAAUGGGAGCUUCUUGUCAAGCCGUGGAUGGGUGUUUCAAGAGCAAUUGAUGUCUACAGCGACGCUGCACUACAUGGCUCAGGAAAUGGUAUGGGAAUGUGCGACUGUAAUCACGAACGAAGAAUUUGCCGAUGCGAGGAACGUGAGCACCCGCCUGAUGCUCGAUGGAUGGAAUCGGCUGACACAAAUGAAGUGGGGGUGGGUCAAUUAUUUGAGCUCCAAUAA